CACAAACUCCCUUACACUGCCAGUGUUACGACUAACCGACUGACGUUAGACACAACUGGGAGAGAUGUGUUACAAGUUAGAUUGCCGUAGUGGCUUGGUGUGGACAGUAAAACUGUUUAUUGAGAUUUGUGCGCUGACUGCAUUAUUUAACCAUGCAAUAUUUGCAGAGGAAAUACCAGAGAGUUUGUACAGACAGACUCAAGUUGAACUGAAUAGAUUAGGAAACGGAAGAGUACGUAUUGCGAUGCAAAAACCAGAGAUUCCUAUGCCUUGUCGGUUGGGUCAUUGCGUCAAUUCCGAUAAAUAUGCACUUCGCUUGUCACGCCCGAGGCGACGGAAAAACCAGAUAACAUUACCACGCUCACUUUGGCCUGCCUAUCAACUUUUUUUGGGAUCUUUGGCUCAGGAAUCAAUGGACGACUUGGCGGGAUCGAAUGAAGGUGCGAAAGAAAGCGAGGCCAACGAAAAGCGCAAACCAAGUCCGGGAAGGGGAUCAGGUCAAGAUAUGACUAAUCAUGAUUUUGACUUGAAUGCGAUAGGGGCGUAUUAUCAUGUAUGUUCUAGUGUAAGCGACUUCGAAAUCAUAUCUGUUGCUAUGAAUGACAAUCUGGAUGAAGUUCAAGUCUUGCCGAAUACUUGGGUUUUCACUACAAAAUGCCGGAUGCCAAGUCAUUCUUGUUACGGAAUUGGCCCUGGAUUUGAGUCUCAUUGCGAGCAGAUGAAGACAUGGGUGCAAGCACUUGCCAGGCUAAAUAAAGAAUCCCCGUGGCAGUGGCAUUGGAUAACUGUAGAUUCUUCCUGCAACUGCGGUGUAAGACCAAAGGCACCGGAAUACAAGAAAAAAUAAGAUGGGUUUGACCGGGGCCUAAAACUUAGGCCUUGUCAUAUGAAAACGUUACUAAGGAUGCAAUGAAAACAUUCUCUUGGUGAAUUAAGACUACGAUACUACAGUGACUAUAGUGUAUUAACAACAUCCUUUUUGUUUUUGGCAAUUUAUACAGUAUAUACGAAUUAUUCACUAAUCUGUUGGGGUUUCAUGAAAGAAAAUCAACAGAAAUGAUUGACCAUAUAAGCGGCAUUCAUAAUGUGAUGUCUUUAUAUCUGUUAGCUUCUUCUUGUUAAAAGUACAUGUUCAUCUUUCCGUGGUGAAUUUCUGUUCUUGAAGAGUUUGUUUUUGUCCUUUUUUGCAGGUAAGAAUUGGACAAAUAAUUAAGUGAGCACCAAAGUGUAAUAAAACAGGUUAAAGAUGUUAUUUUGAUUUCACGUCAUGUAGCAUGAAAAGUCUUUAAAAGUUGACUGGUUGGCUCCUGUUAUUGUUUCAUUCUCUGCAUGAA